AUGGAGAGAAGAGCUAAGACGUUGAAGGCGAUGAUCAAGAAGCAUCAGCCUAAAACAGAAAAUUUGGAUCCUCGGAAGUGGAUGAAAGAGGAGACUGUGAAAGGGUUUGCUGACUUCAUAUUGAACAAGAACUCCGAUAGAGAGAUGGAUAACAGCUUUGACAACAAAGAGAUGUUGCUUGAUGCAGAGAAGCAGUUUAUGGAAGCAGCUAAGACAAACGAUGUGGUGACCAUGAAGACGCUUGUAAGAGGGCUGAACCCCAAUGCAAAGAAUGUGGAUAACAGGACUGCACUUCACUAUGCAGUAGCUGGCAAAAACAAGGAAGCUGUGCAGCUUCUUCUACAGCGGAGGGUCAAGGUGGAGCAAAGGGACAAGUACGGUGUGGCACCCAUUCAUUUGGCUGCCUGGUUUGGCAGUUUGGACAUCCUGAAAUUAUUAGUGCAGGCCGGGGCUGAACAGAAGGUUGAGAACGAUGAAGGAUUGAACAUCAUGCACUGCACCGCUAUCAACAACCACACUGAAAUUUUAGAGUAUAUAAUUAAUGACCUGCAGAUGAAAGAGCUAGACAAAGAUGACCAGUCAGGACAACGGCCAUUUACAUCGGCGGCAGAGCAUGGAUGUGUUGAAAUGAUGGAUAUGCUGAUUGUGCCAUACGACAUGGCCACCAUGAAGGCCAACAAGGUAGGGGACACGCCCCUGCACUUAGCUGCCAGGAACGGCCACUCAAAUGCCGUGCAUUCGCUGCUGCAGAGCUUUGAAACACGGGAUGAAGUCAAUAUGGACGAUGAGACAGCUCUGUACCAGGCUGCAGACCACGGCCAUGAAGAAUGUGUCCUGAUCCUGCUGGAGGCUGGCUGUGACCCCAACGUCCUUACUACGGCCAAAUGCAGCGCUCUCCAUCCAGUUUCAGAAAGAGGAGACACAUCUCUUGUCCAACUCCUCUUAAAUUACAAAGCCCAUACAGACUUCAAGAAUCAGCACCUAGAGGCUCCUAUCCACCUGGCAGUGAAGAACAGUCACAUCCCUGUCAUCCAUUCUCUACUGACGGCUGGCUGCGACAUUAAUGUCGCUGAUAAGAGGUCCCAGACUGCUAUGCAUCUCGCUGCAGAACUGGCCAGAAUAGAAGUCGUGGAAAUGCUUCUUAAAGCCAGGCUGGAUCUGACACUCCAGGACAGGCAGGGUAAGACGGCUCUGGGUGUGGCCGUCAGGGCAGACGAGGUGAUUAUUGUGGACAUGAUCAUCAAAGCAGAAAGAUACUACGCAUGGAGGAAGGAAAACCCAGAACUUAAUGAGAGCAUUCACAGCGAGAAUCCGCUAACGUUUAAACUCGACCACCGCUAUGAGACCAAGCAGUUCCGUUCGAUGGCCUGGCGCCUGGCGUACAAGCUUCUGAAAGCAGGAGACUGGAGAAGACUUGCAGAACACUGGGGCUUCACUAAGGAGCAAGUGUCGGCCAUCGAGGAGCAGUGGACAGGUCCACAGAGCUAUCAAGAGCAUGGGAACAGGAUGCUGCUGAUCUGGCUCCACGGGGAGGAGUUGGCUCAGAGGAGCAAUGCAAGAGAACUCUACCAGGGCCUCAUCCUCACAGGGAACAGGAAAGCUGCAGAUAAGAUUCGGAUGGAGGCAGAGAAUUCCAGCAGUAAGAGCUGCAGCAUUUCAUGA